UACAGAAUCGUCGGUGGUAGUUCAGCUAACUCUAUAAGCAGCCACUACUACUGUCGCUAAUAAUAAUAAUGCAGCUGCGUUUCUCGCCUCAUCAACAGAGAGACUAUAAUAGUAAUUGGUAAUUACGGUCAGUGGCAUCUAUCUACUUUCAUUAUCAUUAUCGUACUAAACAGACCAAUAACACUCCCACACAGAGAUUCAAUAUCUCCCACUUUAUUUCGUUAACAGUAGUAACAGCAGCGGCAAAACAUCGAUAGUUAUAACAGCUACUGCAACUUUCUCGUUAUAUAGUAAAAGAAAAAAGAACUACUAUAAAAGUGCUUUUCAUUAUUUUCAGUAUGUUGCCGGCGACGACGAAGACAGUUAGAACAAUGACGAUGUUUGCAAUGGACGUGACGAUAACGGAAGAGAAAAUGAUGAUGGUGAGCUGACGAUUAUGACGACAACUAUGAUGAUGGUGGUGGUGGUGAUGAUUAUGAUGAUGGUAACGCCACUAACUAUGACAGAGACGAUGUAAAGCAAGAUACAUUACACUUGUCGCGAUGGUUUGGGCUACUACCGAUGAAACUCGUUAGAUGAUUAAGGAAGAAUUUUCCAUUUCAAAACCGUAUAUCAACACAAACGAGAACUUCGCUUGACUGUAUAUUUAUCAAACCAAAUCAACUUACAACCAAAAUUGUAACUGGACAUACUUGAGAAAAAACAAAACAAAAACAAAACAAAAAAAAAACAAAAAAAAAAAAACAAGCAAACAAAAGAAGAAAAAGAAAAUAGACAGAAAGUGGGAAAGACAGAACAGGAGACACAAGUGAAAGAAGAAGAAGAACGGCAACCGAAGAAAGGAUAAGGAACUAAAAACAAAUAAUUUUCAGAUAUUUACUCAAAACUGUCCGAAAAACCUCGACCGCCUGAAAAAUGGAUCUUGUGAGGACUUUAACAAUGCAGCUCUUUCCGAAAAGAAUCUUCAUACAAUUUGGGACCAUCUUUGCUCUGUUGGUAGUUAACAGUCUUACAAAAGUUGAUGGACAAACACAACAGGCAAGCUCACACCAUGAUUACUGUAUCAUCGGAGCUGGACCGUCAGGACUUCAAAUGGGAUAUUUCCUAGAAAAAUCUGGGAGGGAUUACAUAAUUUUUGAAAGAACAAAUACCUCAGGAAAUUUCUUCACAAAAUACCCCCGUCAUCGUACAUUAAUCAGUAUAAAUAAAAGAAAUACAGGAAGGACGAACAAAGAAUUCAAUAUGAGACAUGACUGGAAUUCACUACUUUCUGACAAGGAACAUUUAAAACUGCGUUAUUACAGCAAAGAAAUGUUUCCUCAUGCUGAUGUACUUGUUAAAUAUCUUUCAGAUUUCCAACGUAUGAACAAUUUAAAUGUCCAAUUUAAUACAGAAGUCUCUAAUAUCCAAACUGUGAGAAAUGAUUCAGUUAAGGAGAAACAUACAUUCACUAUGUCUGACCAAUACAACAACAUUUAUGCUUGCAGAUGGUUGAUUGUUGCAACUGGCUUGUGGAAACCUAACAUCCCCAGAUUCGAUGGAAUUGAACUCACACAAGGAUAUGAAUCUAUUUCAAUUAAUCCAGAAGAUUUUGAAGGAAAAUCAGUUCUUAUACUUGGUCGUGGUAACUCAGCUUUUGAAACUGCUAAUGCAAUUUAUGGUGCAACUAAUGUAAUACAUAUGGUUGCUAGAAGCAGGGUUAGACUAGCGUGGGCCACUCAUUAUGUUGGAGAUCUUCGUGCUGUGAACAAUGGAGUGCUUGAUACAUAUCAGCUAAAGUCCUUGGAUGGCAUUGCAGAAGCUUUCCUUUCUGACGAAACUAAGCUGAUGUCAAAGAAUGGAAAAUUCCAGUUGGUUACAGACGACGAAUUCUUUGAUAAUUUUGCGUUUCGGGAAUCCUAUGAUGUUAUUAUAAGAUGUUUAGGAUUCACUUUUGAUGAUGAACUAUUUUACAAUACAACUGAACCGAAACGUGGCACAGGUAAACUCAGGAAAUUUCCAGAAAUUUCACCUGUUUAUGAGUCCACGAAUAUUCCUGGAAUGUAUUUUUCUGGUACAAUAACUCAUUCUUUGGAUUUCCGCAUGAGUGCUGGCGGGUUCAUUCAUGGUUUCCGUUACACUGCCCGUACUCUUCACCGUUAUUUGGAAUGGCACAAUCAUGGAAAAGAAUGGCCAUCUGUGAAACUUCCUGUUAACGAUGUGCUUUAUUACACAAUCAAAAGAAUUAAUGAAGCUGCAGGAAUCUACCAAAUGUUCCAAGUCCUCAUUGAUGUCAUUAUUUUGAACGAGGAUCACACUGAAGUAACGUAUGUACAAGAAGUUCCUUUGAAGAUGCUUCAUAAAUUGCCUGAAGUAACUGGUAUUCCAUGCAAGGAAAUUAUAGCAAUUGUUUUCCAAUAUGGAGCCAACUUUUCAGGUCCUGGGAAUGAUGUAUUCCGAGAAGAUCGAGCUAACGUUAACCCAGAGAAAGCUGAUAAAUCAAAUUUUCUUCAUCCUGUAUUAUAUCAUUACAAAAAUCUACCGAGUGAAAAACAGAUGUUAAAUUUACGGUCAAAAGAGCUGCUUCCCACACCUGAUGAUAUUCAUCAUAUGGUUGAAGACUUUCUGACUGUUUGGGAUACACCAAACAGCCAUAUUUUCCCACUUCGACGCUUUCUUGAGAACGUAUUCAAUAAAGAUCUUCGCCACUUCUUCUCUUCUACAUGUGCCAAGUUUCUACUAACUCUCACUUCGCUACCAUUGUUCUGCGAACAAUAUUACAUGAAAGGUCAAGGUCUUACUGGAAGUGACCUCUUGUUGGAGAUGAUUGAACAACAACUCGCUGCUUAAAAUUUUGAAGACCAGCAAAGAGUUUAAAAAUAACAAAGGCAAAAUUCUUCCAUUUGGCUUCUUUACAUUCUUUCUAUUUUUUCCCAGAGAGUUUUAUUUUUAUCCCAUUAUAACUGAGCGUUUCUUGCCAGAAACUGGUACUUCAAAUUCGAUAUUUGUUCUACUGCAUUAAAAAAUUCAAUAAAAAUAAUGAAAUUCA